AUGCAACUGGUGCUGAUGCUGCAAGUAGCACAACGGGGUUCCACCAGCUUCAAGGUGGGCAUCAACUACGAGCCUCUCACGUUGGUUCCUGGAGGAGACCUGGCCAAGGUGCAGAGGGCCGUGUGCAUGCUGAGCAACACCACGGCCAUCUACAAGUUUGACCUGAUGUACGCCAAGAGGGCCUUUAUCCACUGGUACGUGGGCGAGGGCAUGGAGGAGGGCAAGUUCUCCAAGGCCCGGGAGGACAUGGCCGCUCUGGAGAAAGACUACGAGGAGGUGGGAGUCUACUCCAUUUAG